ACGGUUAUCCGUGGUGUGGGCCUCAGGCCAGCCCGGCAUUGAUUUCCCCUCCCCCUCAUUUCCAUCGCUGCUUUUAAUUGACAGGGCGGGAUCUUUUUGGGUGGCUAAUAGCAGCAUUGAAUACUAUCCAUAUGGGGAAACCGGAUCCGGAGUAACCUCUUUCCGAAAUCCUUUGCCUUUUUAGACCUGCUGUGAUUUGUUAUCGAAUAUCGACACGAGGCUUUAUCGUCCCAGUCCCAGUCCACCCGACAACUGAGGUUGAGUAAACUGCUGAGAGUACGGUUGAGUCCGACAUGGCUGUCACCUCCUUCUCUUGAUAUAUGUCUUUCCUUAUCUGUAUCUCUCUCUAUCUGGAUAUACAAUAAAUAUAAAUAUAUCAAUCAUGAAGGAAACACCGCUAGCGUCUUUGUCUCUGACCCACGUUCACUAUAACCCCGAUGAUCCGCUGUCUUUUCUGUCAGCGUGGCUCGCCCUCGUUCCCCAAGCACUAUGUGUGAUAUAUGUUACUCUCAUCUGGGCUUCGAGGGAGGCGGAAGUCGCCUUGAUGUUCGCCGGCCAGAUGGGUUGUGAAGCUGUGAACUUCGUUCUUAAGCGGAUCAUCAAAGAGGAACGACCAAAGCAAAUGUUCGGGAAAGGCUAUGGGAUGCCGUCAUCGCAUGCCCAAUUCAUGGCUUUUUUCGCAGUUUAUCUUGGCCUCUUUUUGCUUUUGCGACAUUCCCCAAACCCCGCAAACCCAGGGCUAAUCUCUCUUUUCAUCGGCCGCAUCCUCCCUACCCUUGGAUUAGGUCUCGGUGCCAUCGCCGUGGCUGGCAGUCGUAUUUACUUGACGUAUCAUACCCCCCGACAGGUUUUGGCUGGAUUUAGUGUUGGGAUCAUGUUUGCUUUCGCUUGGUUCUACUUCACUGGGCUCCUGCGAAGCACGGGAUGGAUUGACUGGGCGUUGGACCUCUCGUUAGCGAAGUUGCUGAGAUUCCGGGACUUGGUGGUAAGUGAAGAUCUUAUUGAAGCUGGCUGGCAGCGAUGGGAAUCGAAGAGGAAGUUGAAGCGGAAAGAGAAGGAUAACCACUCGUCCGCGAAGGUAGACUAACGUCACCAACCCAUGGGAAACUGGUAGAAACUUUGAUUCUUUAAAAGGCCAUUAGAUCCGAUUAUCUGCAUGUCUACACGGAAUCCUUGU